AUUAUUUUAAUAGCCACUUUCUGUCUUGUUUCCCUCUCAAGUUAUCCCAGCAUCUGCCAUCAUGGAGAAAACUUGGUUCCUCUAUCUAACUGCACUGUUCUUCGCGCAGUACUGUUUCGUAGCCUGCUUCACUAUGAAUGUUUCUAGCUUCACCACUGAUCAGUAUGCUCUUUUGGCCUUCAAAGCCCAUAUCACUUUCGACAAUCCUCACCACAUAUUGGCCAAUAACUGGUCCGCAGACACCUCAGUUUGUGACUGGAUUGGUGUCUCUUGCGGCAAGCGCCACUACAGAGUGGUGGCCUUGAAUCUACCUGACAUGGGUAUUGGAGGCACCAUCCCACCCCACAUCGGAAACCUCUCAUUUCUAUCCUACUUCAACAUUACCAACAACACUUUUCAGGGUCAUCUUCCAGAUGAGUUGGCUCAGUUGCAUCUCCUAAAUGUUGUCGACUUCAAUUUCAACAACUUCAGUGGAGGUGUUCCGACAUGGUUUGGAAACUUACCCAAGCUUCAAUACUUGUGUCUCGCAAGCAACAGUUUCACAGGUUUGGUUUCACCUUCCAUUGGCAACAUAUCAACAUUAGAGUCUCUCGAUUUAAGGUACAAUUUUCUAGAGGGAGGAGUUCCUGAAGAGAUUGGUUAUCUUACGAAACUGAAGUGGUUACAGAUGGGAUUUAAUAAUUUGUCGGGGUCUAUUCCGCCAACCAUCUUCAACAUCUCAUCACUUCAACGGAUUGAGUUCAGACAUAAUAUGUUGUCUGGUAUUCUUCCGGAGGAUUUGUGUGUUUUUCUUCCGAAACUUGAAUUUCUCCGUCUUUCUGAGAAUGAGUUUGAUGGCCAAAUUCCAACAACUCUAGGUGAAUGCAGAGAGCUCCAAUUCUUAUCAUUAUCUUACAAUAAAUUCAGUGGUUUCAUUCCAAAGGGGAUUGGAAAUUUGUCUUUGCUUCAGAUUUUAUAUCUUGGUGGUAACAACUUUCCAGGUUCAAUACCAGAGGAGAUCUUUAAUAUCUCAACAUUACAGAUAGUUGGAUUCGCGCAAAAUCAGCUUUCAGGUACCCUUCCAUCAAGUAUAGGUGUUUCGCUACCCAAUCUUGAACGACUUUGGCUUGACGGAAAUGACCUCAGUGGAAUUGUUACCGACUCUAUCUCAAAUGCUUCUAAACUCAUUGAUUUAGAUCUUUCAUCUAACAGAUUUAGUGGUUCAAUUCCAAGCUCACUUGGCAACCUAAGACUCCUUGAGUAUCUCGUGCUACCAGGAAACUACUUCACUUGUGAAUCUUCUUCUUCUGAAUUGAGCUUCCUCACUUCCUUGUCAAGUUGCAGAAAAUUAAACAGAAUAUGGAUCGAUAACAAUCCUCUAAAUGGCAUACUUCCUGCUUCUAUUGGGAAUCUCUCCAUCCGUCGAUCCUUCGUCCCAGGACCAGAUCUGAAAAAACUCCUUAACCUUCCAAUCCAUAACCGAAAAGCCCCACUGUUACUAAACUUCAUCUCUACAUAUAAAUCCACUUUGCCCGACGUUCCAAGAAAAAGGAAGAAGAGCCUUUCUCUCCCUACUGCUACAACUUUAACUGCCUCUACAUCCCGAACAGAUUAA